GCAUUUGUUUCUUCACAGAAGGGGAACACGGCAGCUUGCGUUUGUGAGAUAUGGCGAAGCAACACAAAAAGCUCAGCGAAGCUGACCAGGAUUUGGUUGUGUGGAGGGCGGCAAAGCACGUGCGGGAUGGUACCGCCGUGGAGCUGCCUCGCGUGGUGCGAACCGUUGCGUCAGCCACGAAACUGUUGACAGAGCGGAAAAUCAAGCUGGUGGAGAGGGUAGGGGGAGACACGAUGAUAUUCGGACCUAUACGUGGGCACGCGUGCGAUUUUGCAAACAUACUGCUCAGCAAGGUCCUCCCCAACCAACACAUCAAGAACAUAAUUUUUCUAGGCAACUACAUCGAUGGCGCACACCAAUCUCUUGAGGUGCUCUUCCUCAUCGCGGCUCUUAUUGUGUGCUCUCGAUUCCACAUCAUACCCCUCAUUGGCAAGCACGAAAUGAUGUACCCCAUCCAGCCGGAGAACUUCGGCUCGCUGCGUAAUGAAAUGUUGCUCUGUUGCGCCCGCUCGCCGCAAACGUCGCUGGAGGACUGCGAGAACGUCAUGAAAGAGUUCUUUGCGGUGCUGCCGAUCGCCUGCGUUGUAGAGAACAAGUACUUCUGCGUCGCCGGUGGCCCCGCUUCUGGGUACAGGACGCUGGAGGAUAUGGAGGCGAAGCGUGUGACACAGGACUCACUGAAGGAGUUUGUGCUGAAUGAGCCGAUGGACGAGGACGAGGAACGCAUUGCGGACGGCAGCACGUUUGUGGCAUCGCAAAGCAACGAAUUGGCCUUCCGCUACACGUUUAACGCGGCGUGCAAUUUCUUGAGCCGCAACCGCCUUGGCAUGCUUAUUGUGGGCAUGGAGUACCACACUAGCAGGCCGGACUACGACAGCUUUGCCCGCCCCAACCACUACAAGGAAUCCAUCUACUUCCCCGGCUACAUGCUGGGCCGCAUUCACCCGGAGACGCAGGUGCCGGCGGUGCUGACGAUUUUUUCCGCGCCGUCCUUCUGCGGUGUAAAUCGCAACAACGCCUGUAUCGUCGAGAUCACCGACAAGCGUCUCGAAGUGCAAGAGUUGGGCGUGUACGCAAAGCGUCCGCUUGUCACACCGGGAACCCAGGAUCACGCCUUCAGCUGGGCACAACCAAUGCUGGAGCGCGCCGUGGUUGCCAUCGCACGUGAGAUCAUCUUCGGCGCCAUCAAGGAAGACGCACCUCCCGAGAGCGAUUCGCAUCACAAAAGACUGGAGGAGAUCGCUGUGUCGAAGAUGCGCCGGAUGUGCCAGCUUCUGCAGGCACACGAGCUUCCGCUGCCAGAAGUGCCGAAGCUGCCGCCCGACGAAUAA